GUUGGUCUCGCGAUGCCCGUCCCGCUCGUCGCGCAUUUUCGCGAGCGUCCGAGCGGCGAGAACCAGAUCACCUCCAUCGACUCGGACUACGGCACUCUGCUCGACGAGGAGGCGCGGCAGGAGGUCAUCAACCAGCUCCGCGUGCCGUCGGGCGACCUGCGGCGGCCGAUGCUCGGCGAGCUGCGCAGCUCGGGCGGCUCAGACCAGCCUCCGAUGGCGCGCGCGUGGAAGCUAUCUGCGCUCGACCUCAACCUCCCGCUCGCCGUCACGACGGCGAGCCCCGAGUCACUCGAGGCGAAGAACCUGUCGGGCUACCAGAACCUGCAGAAGAUCCGCGACGAGGCGGCGCAGUUCCGGCGCGGCUACUCGGACUGGCGGCGCGGCGCCGCGCGCGGCGCCCGCGGCGAGGCGAGCUUCACCGCCGUCCAUGGGUUGGCCGACGCGCAGGCUGGCUCCGGGCUGCAGGGGCUGUCUGCGCUCGAGGUGCAGCAGCAGGCGCCCUCGCAGCAUUCUGCGCCCUCGCCUGUCUCCUCGCGCAGCCGAUCGCGCCAGUCCUCCCGCGACCUCGUCGGUCCCGCGAUAGCAGAGGACGGCACCCUGCUCGAGGUGGAGAUGGGAGUGGGCACGCCGACCACCAACCUCUCCGACACUCUCUCCGCCGCCGGCGACGCGGCAGACGAGGCGGCCCCCGGGGACGAGCUCGGGGAGGCGACUCCACACGCGGCACUCGGGGACGAGGCGUCCGGCGAUUGGCUCCGCUUUGCCUUCAACCCCUUCUCCGAGCCCGCGGCGCCAAAGCGGCAGGCUCUCCCCCUCUGUGCCGCCAACCUCGCCGCCAUCGGCGCGGCAGGCAGCGCGGCAAGCUUGCCCGCGCAAGGCUCUCGCGAGGCGACGGCGCACAUCGCUCACAUCGGAGUCGGAGGCUUCCACCGCUCGCACCUGGCGUACGUGACGGACGUGCUGCUGACGAAGCAGCACGCGGGAGAGGUGAAGGCGGCGGAGCGGUGGGGCAUCAUCGGCGUCGGCCUGAUGCCGUGGGACAAAAAGAUGGCGGAGGUGCUCACCAAGCAAGACGGCCUGUACUCGCUCCUGCUGCGAGGCAACGCGGCCGCCUCUGCGCGCGUCAUCGGCUCGAUCCUCGAGUUCGUCUUCGUGCCCGCCGACCCCGAGGCUGCGCUGGCGCGGCUCUGCAGCGCGAGCGUGCGGAUCGUGUCGCUCACCGUCACUGAGAAGGGCUACUACCGCUGCACGGACGGGUCUCUCGACCGCACGGCGCCGCUGGACAUUGACGAGUGGGGCGGGGCGCGUGGGCUCGCCCAGCCGCGCACCGCGUUCGGCCUCAUCUGCACCAUCUUGCAGCGGCGACGGAGCGCGGGCCUCGGCCCUCUCACGGUCCUGUCGUGCGACAACAUGCCCAUGAACGGCUCCGUCUGCCGCGCCGUGACGCUCGACUUCGCGUCUGCCGUCGACCCCGACCUCGCCGCGUGGAUGGAGCGGGACGUCGCCUUUCCAAACUCGAUGGUCGACCGCAUCACUCCCGCCACGGAGAACGAGCACCGCGAGCUGCUCCGCUCCGAGUAUGGCAUCGUCGACGAGUGGCCUGUGAUCGCGGAGCCCUUCCUGCAGUGGGUCAUCGAGGACUCCUUCUCGGCGGGGAGGCCGAGCUGGGAGCUGGCGAUGCCGAAUGACGUGUGGGGCCGGCCGCGCGCAGAGGUGAUGCUGACGGCCGACGUGGAGCCGUACGAGCUGAUGAAGCUCCGCCUGCUCAACUCGUCGCACUCGGCGCUCUCGUACGCCGCGAUGUUGUGCGACCACGUCUUCGUCGACGACGCGCUCGCCGACCCGGACGUGUUUGCCUUUCUGCGCGCGUACAUGCUCGAGGUUGUCAAGACGCUCGGGUCGGUGCAUGGCGUCGAUUUGGCCGAGUACCAGCGCUCGUUGCUCGAGCGCUUCUCGAACGCGUACAUCAAGGACAAGCUUGCGCGCCUCGCGCUCGACGGCUCGCAAAAGUUCAUGAACACGCUGCAGCACGCGCUGCUCUACUACCGCGCGCAGCAGGAGCUGGUCUGCGAGGUCCUUGCCAAGAGCUCGUGGGUGGCGCCCGCGCACAAGCACGCCAAGGAGGGCACUGACAUCGUCGCGCUUGCUCUCGCCGCCUUCAUGCGGUACGCCGCCGGCACCGACGCGAGCGGGGAGCCGCUCGAGCUGGUCGACCCGCUGACUGACGCGUUGCGGCCGAUCGCGGUGCGAGCGUACGCUGGGCUUGGCGGAGGACCGUGCAUCGGGGACCCUGCGGCGGCGGAGCGGGGGCGGCUCGAGGCGACGCGCGCCUUCGUGGAGACCAUCUUUGGGGCGGAGGUUGCGGGCUGGGAGGCGUUCGUCUCCAACGUCUUUGAGCACGCCGACCGUAUCCGCCGCUCGACGAUGCGCGACGUGCUGCGCCAGUGCCGCCUCUCGCAGCGCAGGAUCGUCCGCGCGGAGAAGGAGGAGUGUGAGGCGCGGCUCAAGGAGCUCUGCAAGACCGACGAGCUGCUCACCUCCCGCUCCGAGAAGGCCGCCGUCCGCCGCUUCUACGCCGAGGCGCCGGCGGCGGCGGCGAGCAGCGACAGCGCUGCGCGCACGCCGGCGGCUGCGAAUCGGGUUGGUGGGCCUGGCCUCCGCCGCGUCGCAACUGCCACCGCCGCCUCGCUGCGAGGCGCGCGGAUCUCGGCGCCGCCGGGCGGCAGGGUGUGAGCUUCUCGGCUCGCACGGCCCGGCGCUUAGAAUGUACGCUGUUGUGUCUGUGUCUACGCGCGCAGGGAGCUGGAAGUUCGCUCGGCACGACGCCGGCCUGGAGUCGAGCAAAGGUGCGUUGGAGAUGGCACAGCUCUGUGAGCAAUCUAAGGGAGAGUAUGCGAUGCUAAUGGGUUGCAGCCCGUGCAUGUAUCGGCUGUCGCACGUGUGAGCACUGUUUAUGGCGCGGGAAGAUGUGGAUGAGCAUGUCUCGCAUGCCCGGGCGUGCAGAAUGUUGAUGUUAAGCACUCCCACUCCUGUC